GUUUUGCCGCCCUUCAUCCGUUCACUUUCAGAUAUGGGUGGAACUGGAAGUCUGGUCAUCUUCUUACUGUGUUUGAUGUUUCUGCUUGGCAGAUCUCCAAGCUUUGCCAGUACAGAGAAAGAGAAGACAUUGGCGAUGAUAAAGCCAGAUGGUUUUUCUGGAAACUAUACAGCCGAGAUAAAGAGGGUUAUCCUGAAGUCCGGUUUCAACAUCCUUAACGAGAAGAUAGUUCAUCUUGACGAGGAGAAUGUCACAGUAUUUUAUGCUGAGCACUCUAAAAGGACUUUCUUUCCUAACCUUGUCAAAUACAUGACAAGUGGUCCAGUGGUUGUUAUGGUUUUGGAGAAGGUGGGCGCUAUUUCUGAUUGGCGUGCUUUGAUUGGGCCAACUGAUGCGCAAAAAGCUAAGAUUACACACCCAGACAGCAUCAGAGCCCUCUGUGGGUUGAAUUCCGAAAGAAACUGUGUUCAUGGUUCAGAUUCUCCUCACUCUGCCACAAGGGAGAUUUCAUUUUUCUUUGGGGAGAUGUUCUCAUCAGGAGAAAGUAUUGCAAAUCAUGAUGAACUAUAGCAGGUAUUAUUGAAUUCAAACUACCAGAUUACCAUCUACAGCUCUCUCAAAAACUCAAUUUUGCUCUGUUGCACUGCUUAAACCUCUAGCUGUACCUGCCACAGAUGAAUGUAUUCAUCUUAUAUAGAGUUGAUGUACUU